AGACCAUGGUUGGUUUCAAAGGUCAUCUAGGCUUCAAACAGUAUAUGCCGGCGAAGCCAACCAAGUGGGGGAUGAAAGUGUGGACAGUGUGUGAUGCUGUAAGUGGGUAUUGUGUCGGUUUUGACUUCUAUACGGGGAAAAAUGGUCGUAGAAAUCCGGGAAAGCCUCUGUCCUAUGAGGUGGUCGAUUAUUUGUGUGAACCCCACUACGGGAAAGGCCAUCAUGUUUAUUUCGACCGCUUUUUCAAUGGAGUGGAAAUUGCCAAACAUCUCCUGUCACACGACACGUAUUGUUGUGGCACGAUCAUGACAAACCGGAAAGGCCUCCCGCAAGCUAUGAACAAAAAGUUGAAAAAGGGCGACGUGAAACAGCUGCAGCAGGGGAACCUUGUCGCCACAAGUUUCCAUGACAAGAGGCCUGUCCAUUUGUUGUCCAGCAACCGACCCAUGGGUGUGGCUGAGGAUCGACGUCCACUUCCACUCGUUGACUACAACAUGUUUAUGGGUGGGGUGGACAAGUUCGACCAGCAGCUCAGUUACUACCCUGUGGGCCGGCCUGGGAAAAAGUGGUGGCGCUAUGCCAUAUGGCAUCUCAUAAACGGUGCUAUUUACAAUGCUUUUGUACUGUGGAGUAAAUCAGAACAUGAAUAUGACGUCAAUAAACAUUAUGACCACUUGGCAUUCAGGGUCGACGUCGCUGAGGCCCUUCGAAAUGGCUUUACCGGCCGUAAACUGCCUGGUCGUCGUGCGACGACACAAGCAAUUGUAGCUCCAGAGAGCCUUGAUGUGCACAAAGUUGUGCGCAUUGUAGGGCGAAGGAAAGUGUGUGUUCUCUGCUUGCGAGAUGGAAAAAAGACAGAGAAGGGCUACGCUAUGCAGUCCUCCUACAAAUGUUCCUUUUGUGACGUUGUUUUGUGCAAGAAAUUUUGUUUUCAUGAGUACCAUGCACGAGAGCUCUAUUCAAAAGUUUAUGGACAGUACUGUCCUGGACUGCAUUGUGUGGCGUUACAAGACAAACAAUCCUGA